AUGUCCGCCGAAGUCCCAACCCAACCACGCAACCUCCCCAUCCUCGCAACGGAGGAGUCCACCGCGGGAAAGACCUACAUCGUGACCGGCGCAAACACGGGUCUGGGGUUCGAAGCGGCAAAGCACUUCGUCCGCCUCGGCGCAAAGAAAGUGAUCUUAGCCGUGCGCAGGAUCGAUACAGGCGAAGCCGCAAAGCGGAAAAUCGACGAGGCCACUGGCACCACUGAUAUCGCGGAGGUCUGGCCUCUUGACCUGAGCAGCUACACCUCCGUCAAGGCUUUUGCGAAGCGCGCAAUUGCGGAACUUGACCGGAUUGAUGCGGUGAUUGAGAAUGCGGCUGUGGCGACGCCGGAGCAGACCAGGGCUGAGGGACAUAAUCUGACUCUCACGGUGAAUGUGCUGAGUACGUUCCUCCUGGCUAUGUUGUUGCUGCCGAAGUUGAAGGGGAGUGCGGAGGAGUAUGGAAUUUUGCCGCGUUUGUCAAUUGUGACGUCUGGUAUUGGGUGGGAUGCGCGUGACAAGUGGGAGGAGAUCAAAGAGGAUCCGUUUGUAAGGAUGGAUGCGCUGCCUGUUGAGGAGUUGAUGGCUACAUACCCCAUAUCCAAGCUUAUGGAUAGCCUCACUGUUCGCGAGCUGGCGGCUCGACUGCCUGUUGAGCAAGGGAAGGUGGUCAUUAAUGCCGUCUGCCCGGGACUUUGCAAGACUGAGCUGGUCCGGAACUGCCCCCCUGCCGUAAAGCAGUCGAUCGUCGAUCAGCAUGUGCUAUAUGGACGGACCGCGGAGGACGGGAGCCGGACGCUACUGGCCGGCGCUGUACUGGGAAAGGAUAGCCAUGGCACCUUCACUUCCAACUGCGAGAUUAGAGAGGACAAAGUGCCUGUCUGGGCGAAGGAUGAGGAGGCCAAGAAGUGGCAGGAGCAUCUAUGGGCCCUCAUUGUGGAAGAACUCGAAGCUGUCGAACCGGGAUGUGUGCAAAAAGCGUUGCAGAACUAG